CCCUAUUGCUGGUGCAAUGGUUCGGUCCAAGCUUGAAGGGGCUUGUAGCAUUCUCUAGGUACCAGUCUAUUGAAUUUUAAGCCUUCAUCCUGGAAGAAGGUGAGCCUAGCAAUUGGGCAGGGACAGGGGGGCAUCCAGGAAAAGCAUCCUCUUUCAUCCAACACCUAAGCCCCAGGUGCGGAGAGGACAAAGGUCUCUGCCCCUUUAUACCUGCCCAAUUCUCAGCCAGAUCCUCCGAACGCCCCAGCUUGAAGGGACCAAUUUUGCAUUUCAUCUCACCGUUUCCAGCAGCUGCAUUAUCCCUCACAGAAUCCCCAUGAAGGGCGAGACGCCGGUAAACAGCACCAUGAGCAUUGGGCAAGCUCGCAAGAUGGUGGAGCAGCUCAAGAUUGAGGCCAGCAUGUGCAGGAUAAAGGUCUCGAAAGCUGCCGCCGAUCUGAUGACGUACUGCGAUGCCCACGCCUGCGAGGACCCCCUCAUCACCCCGGUGCCCACUUCCGAGAACCCCUUCCGGGAGAAGAAAUUCUUCUGUGCCCUGCUCUGAGCUGCGUCUCUCAUCCCCACUGCCGCCACUGCCACCACUGCCAACAUCUGGGGGCCAGCGUGGGUAUUUGGGCUGCUCCCCUUUCCUUCCCCCCCCCCACUCCAAUCCAAUCCCAGGACAAAUCUUCCCCCCCUCCCCAGCAAUCUGUGGAACUGAAUUUGGGAAGGGCGGCCCUGCGCACUUCCGAGGGGGGGGGGUUAGGGAAUAGGGAGCAGGUAUAUCCGUCUCUUCUGGCUGGUCACCUUCCCCCCCCAACCCAAAACAUCCAACAUACUGUACUUAAAAACCCUGUGUUAAGAUUACAGCAAAUCCGCUCCGUUUCCGUAAGCGAUAUGAACACAGCGCUUUGCCGUCUUCCGAGACGGGGUGUCCCCAUUUUGUUGGAAGUGGUGAUGGGGGGGGGGAACAGGAAGAAAAACAGGGUACCCACACACCCCAUAACAAGUCCUAAGGAGUUCUUAACCCCCCACUAUUUUAUGCCCCGUUAUCUGACAUGAGUGGUUUCACAGUAAUGUCCACAUCUAAACUUUCCACCAUUGGUAUCUUCUUGGGGGAGAAUGUUUCCCAUCAUCCCCUACCCCCUAGGCUCAUGCUGGCUGGCACAACGCUCGCCGAGGUGUUGCCCGAGAGAUCGUUUUUCCAAAUUCUCGGUUUGGCUUCUGCUCAGAUCUGCAACCGUAGCCCCCUUCCCCUCGCCCAGGGAAAGGCAGAAGGUGCCCGCACCUGCCCACAUUGUAUCAGAGAGCACAGAAAAUAAUAAAAUAAAAUUAUCUGGUGACACUGAA